GUGUGUGUUCAGUUGCCGAAUUUACCAGAUCUGUGGUCAGUUGCAGAUGUGUUCAGUUGACUGUGUCCAGUUGCACCCAUUCCGUUUUGCUUUUUUCAAUUAUCUCAAGUAUUCCCGCGCCUGCGCUAACUACAGCACUCCGCGGGGUGUUUUUUGGUGUUUUUGGUGUAGCUAUGGCGGCCGGGCCAAUUGCAGAGCGAAAUCAAGAUGCAACUAUUUACGUUGGAGGACUCGACGAUAAAGUCACUGAGUCCCUCAUGUGGGAACUGUUCGUUCAGUCAGGACCAGUGGUAAAUGUUCACAUGCCCAAAGACCGAGUAACCCAGAUGCACCAGGGCUAUGGGUUUGUGGAAUUCAUGGGUGAAGAGGACGCUGACUACGCCAUAAAAAUCAUGAACAUGAUCAAACUCUAUGGAAAACCCAUAAGAGUGAAUAAGGCCAGUGCCCACCAGAAGAAUCUGGAUGUCGGUGCUAAUAUUUUCAUUGGUAAUCUGGAUCCUGAGGUGGACGAGAAGCUCCUAUACGAUACAUUCAGUGCUUUUGGAGUCAUCCUUCAAACGCCAAAGAUAAUGAGAGACCCAGAGACUGGUAACUCCAAGGGUUUCGCCUUCAUAAACUUCGCGUCAUUCGACGCAUCGGACGCCUCCAUAGAAGCAAUGAACGGCCAGUAUCUCUGUAACCGUCCAAUAUCAGUCUCUUACGCUUUCAAACGUGACGCCAAGGGUGAGCGUCACGGUAGUGCAGCUGAGCGUCUCCUGGCAGCUCAGAAUCCCCUGAGCCAGGCAGACAGGCCUCACCAGCUCUUCGCCGACGCUCCCCCCAUGAGCAUGCCAGCUCAAGGUCUUCCCCAGCCUCAGCACCACCACCCACCCCACCAGAUGAUGCAUCACGGGAUGGUGGUGCCUCCACCCCGACCCCCUGCCACUCCCAUGCCCAUGGGUCACCCCCCUCCACCACCUGUUCCUCCUCCCCCCUCUGGUUUCAAUCCUUCGAACAUUCCUCCACCGCCCCUUCCCCCCAUGUCCAUGUCCCAUCCACCCCUGCCACCUGGCAUGCCACCCCCCCUCCCCCCAAUGCCUAUUCCACCGUCGCCGACUCAAGGUCAUCGAAUGAUGGCACCUCCAGGAGCUCACUGGCCACCUCCUGGACAGUUUCCACCACCUCCACCUCCCUCGGGUCCACCAGGACAGUUCGGGGGAUAUCAGCCGGCUCCACCGCCCCCUAGACCUCCGCCCACAUGGAGGCACCCGAUGCCACCUGUGUCCCAGGGUGGAGGGGGGGCACCACCCCCUCCUCCCCCGCAAUUCAGACCGCCGUUCCCACGGGGACCACCGCCACCACCUCCACCACCACAUGACAAUGGGGGGUACUGAAGCUGUUGGCAAGGGGUGAAAGGAGAUGGGUUGAGUUGAGUGAUCUUAUUCUACCAAUUAAAAAUGAUUGAAAUGUUUUUUAGAAAUUGCCUGAAUGUAAUUUAGUAAUGACUUGUGGGAGGUCAAUGUAUCUUUUCAAUAAAAAAUGUUUUGGAUUUAUGA